AUGGCAAGCACUACCUCUCCCGCUCUGUCUGUGUCAAAAUUGGAUUUUCCAUUUUUGUCCUCUCGGAGAAACAUAACUUUCAGCAAGGAAAAUCUUCAUCAAGUUAAGAUGCCUCGUAGGAUGUCUAAGUUUUCUGGAUUUGAAUCAAAUGGGUUUAUCUUAUUUUCUUCUUUGAGUGGUCAAAUUGGUGAGGGCAGCUUUCCUAGUCCAGAAGCCACUGCGAACAACAAUGCGCCUGAGGUCCAAGUUCAAAGCAGAAUAUGGAACUGGAGGGGUUAUUCUAUCCGCUAUCAGCAUGCUGGCAACAGUGGCCCAGCAUUAGUAUUAAUUCAUGGUUUUGGAGCAAACAGUGACCAUUGGAGGAAAAAUAUUCCAGUUCUUGCAAAAUCACAUAGGGUAUACUCAAUUGAUCUUAUUGGUUAUGGGUACUCAGACAAACCAAAUCCUCGUCAAUUUGGGGAAAGUUACUUUUAUACAUUUGAGACAUGGGGCACCCAGCUAAAUGACUUUUGUAUUGAUGUGGUCAAGGAUGAAGCAUUCUUUAUAUGCAACUCUAUUGGAGGACUUGUUGGUCUUCAGGCAGCAGUUAUGGAGCCACAGUUAUGUAAGGGCAUAAUCCUCUUAAAUAUUUCUCUUCGUAUGCUUCAUAUUAAAAAGCAGCCUUGGUACGGAAGACCAUUGAUUAGAUCAUUUCAGAACUUACUGAGAAAUACUGAUGUGGGCAAAUAUUUUUUCAAAACUGUUGCCACACCAGAGUCUGUGAGGAAUAUCCUUUGCCAGUGCUACCAUGACACCGCCCAGGUAACAGAGGAACUAGUUCAAAAAAUCCUUCUUCCAGGACUUGAGCCUGGUGCUGUAGAUGUAUUUCUGGAGUUCAUUUGUUACUCAGGUGGCCCCCUUCCUGAGGAACUAUUGCCUCAAAUGAAGUGCCCUGUUUUGAUAGGAUGGGGUGAGAAGGAUCCAUGGGAGCCCAUUGAACUUGGACGUGCCUAUGGGAAAUUCGAUUCUGUAGAAGACUUUGUUGUUCUUCCUAAUGUCGGCCACUGCCCUCAGGAUGAAGCACCUGACUUAGUGAAUCCACUGGUCGAGUCAUUUGUGGCACGCCAUGCUGCACUCUCAGCCAGUAUUUCCACGGCUACCUGA